CAAGGAACAGGGCCUCUCUGUGCUAGGCACUGCACAGACAUGCGGCAGAAAGAUGGUCCUCGCCCCAAGAGCUUAGUCUCCACCCACCCUCCCCAUAGCCAGGGUGGGCGUGGCCCAGGAAAGGGAGCAUGGCCAGCACCCCUUUAUAUCUGGCUGAUUCGGGACUGCCUGAAUGACCCUUAGAGCUAAUGGUGUAAAUCAGAGCAGCCUUCAAGGAACCAGCUAGAGGCCUGGACAGCUCGAGGUCUACAGGAAUGCAGAGAUGGCAUAAAGGCACUGUUGCCCCUUGCUACUCCCCAUGAGCUGUGCUGAAUGCUUGGGGGGUCCAGCUCAGGAUCUGACCUGUCGCAUGUGGCUUGUUGUGCUAAGUGCACUGCUGCAGAAUUGCAGGCUGUCUCCAGCAACUGGCCUCAACCCCAGCCCCAGCCUAAGCUCAGUCCACAUCCAAACACCAGGUCCUCAGCCCAUCUCCAGCUGACUGUAAUGGGCAUAGUCUGUAGUCCUUGAUCACUACCAUAGGGAUAACUAGCACCCCCGCAGCUGGCUGAGUGUUGUGGCAAAGCUGGAAAUCCUGGUGUUAUGACUUGGAAGGUGCCUUUCAAUGCUAGCUCCCUCGUUCCUCUAGGCUGUUCGAUCGCAGAGAGGUCACCGCUUCUGAAACAUGCAGCCUUUUCUUCUACAAACUUUGAGAACAUCUUCAAGUGGGAAAGCGAAGCAGAUACUCCCCCGGGCACAGUGUAUGAAGUCCAGUACAAACGGUACGGGGAUGAAGACUGGCUUCAGAAGAGCGAGUGCCAGAAUAUCACGCAGCCCUUCUGUAACCUCACGAACGAGACGGAAAACUUCAGAGAGCGCUACUAUGCUCGAGUGAGGGCCAUAGUCCAGAACUGCUGCUCCUCCGACUGGGUCUGCUCACAGAGAUUCUACCCCAGAGAAGACACUACUAUUGGAAAGCCGGAGGUGAAAUACGUUCCUAGCGUUAGAUCCAUAAAGUUUUUCAUCCAACCCCCCUACACCCCUCUGAGAGAUGAGGAUGGCUCCCAGCUAACUGUGGAAGACAUCUACAGCAGAUUUGAUACCAUCGAUUACCACGUGAUGCUAUUCAGCCAAAAGACACACCAAGAGUGGGAAAAGAAUGAGAACAACAAAGAAUUUGAAGUUUCCAACUUGAACCCAGACACCGCAUAUAAUGUCACAAUAUAUCUCAAGCACUUAGAAAAAAGAAGCCAGCCUCGUGUAUUUUGCGUUAGUACGUUACCAGACACCACCUGGCUCCUAUACUGUGUUGGGGGAAUUACAUUUGCUACAGGAUCGCUGUUUGUUGUGGUAUGUUAUGUGAUCUAUAAAUACAUCAAGCAACGCACAGCACGGCCGAAGUCUUUGGACUUCAGAGGGAUUUCAGCCUUCCAGCCCCUCAUGCUAACAGUGGAGCAUAUUAUAAGCCCCAUUAAUGAUUUAUCCAAAACUACUCUGUACACCCCAGAUGUGCAGUUAAUGCCAAUUAAUCUGCUGCAGCAGACGUCUUUAUUCCAUUUGCAAAAAACUUCCUAUCAACAACAAGCCAAUGUGUUGGCGUUUCAGCCCAUCAUUCAGCCAGUCAGCCAAGCGGAUGGUUUUCCUUCAGCGUACGCUCCUCAAAUAGCCCAGGAAAAUCUACCAUGCAUGCUGAACAAGAAACCUCUGGCCUUGACAUAUGGAGUGUGCAUCGAAAGCCCAAGAUGCAUCAACAGGAGGAAUUCUCAGCCAGACCAGAUGCUGCAGGAUAUUUCUCCUGAAAGGUUUGUCAGUGGCAAACUUAAAACCGAGACACCAGGCGAAAGGUACUGUGAUGAGAACUACAAGGAGCAGAGGCCGAAGCUGGUAGAGAGAGGAUUAUGGGAAAGCCGUGACACUGACAUGACAGGAUCGGUGUUCUCCAUGGGGCCAGCGCAGCAGCUGAUGCUCCAGACAGACUGUGAGGAAGCUAAGCUGCACAUGCCCCAGCAGUCACUGUCUCUGCUGAAGGAAGGAGGAAACUACAGAUGGCAGAUGGCAGGGUUGCUGCCAUUGCUGUCCUCGCUGACAGUUGACACAAACUCUGUCUCAGAGGAUGGGCUUCCUCCAUCAUCAUCCUCCCCCUUACUAAAGUCAGUCUGUACCUGCGAUGACCUCCCCGGGGAAUGCAGCACAGGCCAGUUGAUGUCAUUAGAUGCAUUGUCAUAUCCUGAAAACAAACGGAAGCCUCCGGACUUUCAAACAACAGAUGUGCUACCGGCAGCAAGGGAGCCGGGCUGCCUAGAACUAAACGCCAUUGCACCCCAUGCCUCUAGCUCCAUCCAGAACACUGACAUGCUUUUCACUAUGCUGUUCAGAGACUUGGAUUUAAAGGUACAGUGGGAGCAUGGCCAGAAUGAAAACACACUGAUGUGUUAGCACAGCGUUGAAUGAUCUCUAAGGGCCGGAUUCUGCCAACCUUUACUCACAUUAAUGAGUGCCCUACUGGGCAACCAUCCUCAUUGAAAUAAAUGGGAUUACUCGCUGAGUAAGGUACUAAUCAACAUACGUAAGAGUGUUAGAAUCUGGCCCUACAUUUUCAUGGGCACGGGUGCCUUUACUAACUGCAUUGCUUCUAGGAAAGCUAUGUUAUCUUUGCACUUUAAUAAUACCUAGCUCUUUGUUUCUUGGAUGUUGUGAAAUGGAUGACACCUAAAAGUUGGCCUAUUUUAAAACCAGAUUCAACCCCCAUAAAAUUUGGGUCAGUUUGGGGUGGGACCCAGAUUUCGUAGCUGACACCUGUUUCUUUGCACCAAAAUCUCAGAUCUAAACUUUGGGAAAGUUCAGAUCCGGAUGAAGUCACAGCGGGAAACAAAUCUCGUUCAGAGAGGCUCUCAUGAAUGGUCAUUUCCCAGAUGGUAAUAGUAUUUUUAAGCAGAUUUUGUUUAGAGCAUGGAGAUUGCAGGCUGGGCCUGGAGUCUCAUCGUGUGUUCGUCGGUCACUUAUCACUCGUCAGCCGGAAUCUAUCAGAGGUUCUGAAUCAAAGCUGAUUGACAGGAGAGUCAGUUUGCAAUGUCACUGGAAAACAAGGGUUAGUUCAAGUUACACUCUUUUUUUCUUUGGCUUUUGGCUAAGAUCAACUGUAAUACCAAUACUGACUUGGACUCUUAAUACAUUCCAUGGGUGGCGUACCCGAGCCCACUUAUCCACUGACGCUUUAAAAACUCCCACACCCCAAUCUGGAUCUAUGCUGGUUAUGUGAUAUGUAUGUACCUCGUGAACUUUGUAACGGAUACUUGCAAUCUCCCAUAACCCAAGCCCGACCCCAGAUGUACAGUACAUUCCCUCUUAACUUGUGUAAAUUUGAUUUUAAACAUUAACUUUAAUAAAUUUUUUAUAUCCACUGAAUACCUGACACCUCCCCUCCUCCCCUGUGCUUAUAGCAGGAAUAACAGGUGUGUCUUUUCCAUGUUUAAUAUCUCUGUCUUAAAUGAGGAAUGAAUAAGGGCA